GUGUCCGGCCAAUGGGAGCAGCAGCGGAAUCCGUCAUGCGUGAUCAGACGGUGAGAGGAGGAGAAACGCGCUUCUGUGACUGAUCGCCUUUAUUUUGGAGUAAUAACUGCUGGAAUAAGAGCGUUUUAUUUCCAUGUGGUCUGUACUGAGUUUCACUGCAUCCAUGUAUAAGCAUUUACCCGACCGCCUUCAGGGUCAUUGGCUCUGCGUUUGUUGAACGCAUUGGUUAUGGAACACCAAGCCAGUGAUGAUGAACCACCAGUAGUACGUAGAGAGGAAAACAAGAGGAGAAGAAGAAAGAUGAAAGCAUUUACAUCUACCUCAGCUGUAUCGACAGAUCAUAUAGCUGUAGAGUUUGUACUUCCCACCACCAAUAAAAACAGCAGGAACCCAGACACAUUGCAUAUAGACGUGACUGGCAAUUGGACGGUAGAGCAGGUGAAGGUUCAGAUUUGGCACAGAGCAGUAACCACUAAAUUAUGCCCUGAAUUUUACCAAAAAUACUCUCCGGACCACGUUUUUGUGUUGCUGACAAGUAAACAACUCUGGUAUGAGAUCUACGACAAGCAGCAGGUAUUCCAAACCCUUGACUGUAUCAGAUAUUGGAAAGCAUUGAGAAAAGAGGUCGGGAAGAUUCACCUGGUUGUUAGAACGCAGCCUACUGAGGAUUCGCUUCAAUAUCAACGGUUUCUGAACCACCUAAUCGGAUAUGAUGUUACAGAUGUCAGCAACGUCCACGACGACGAACUGGAGUUCACGCGAAGAAAGCUACUGACCCCUCGGAAAAUUGAGCUGUCUGAUCGAGAUCCCAAACUCUACUCGAUGGAUCCAUGGAUGACCACAAAGCCUCUUCCUGAAUACCUGCUGAGCAAAAUAAGCAACAAUCACAUCCUGGUAGUGAUACACAAGGACACAACAAGCCAGACUAUUAAGGUGUCUAUAGAUGACACACCUGUCCAGGUUCUUCAGAGCUUCUUUGCCAAGAUAACAAAUAAGCGAGCAAUUUUAGGCAUAUCUGAAGACGUCAGCGAAUCCGAUUUUGUCUUGAGGGUUUGUGGAAGAGAGGAAUACCUAUAUGGCAACUACGCAAUCAAAGAUUUCCACUGGAUCAGACAGUGUCUUAAAAAUGGUGAAGAGAUCCAUCUGGUUUUAGAGCGUCCUCCAGACCCAGAACAAGACGUGGUCCAAAAAGAGGACUGGUCUCAGGUCGAUGACUGCACCGGUGUCGCUGGUACUCAUGAACAACUGACCAUCACUGAGAAAGACCACGAGAAGGUGUUUACCAUCUCCCUUUGGGACUGCAAUCGUAAAUUCAGGGUGAAGAUCUUGGGGAUUGACAUACCAGUGCUGCCACGCAAUUCCGAGUUGAUUGUGUUUGUAGAAGCCAGUAUUUUCCACGGACAACAGCUGCUGGCCCAAGAAAGGACAACUUCCAAACCCUUCACAGAGGAGGUGCUCUGGAACACCUGGUUGGAGUUCAACAUAAAGAUCAAGGACUUACCCAAAGGUGCCCGACUUAGCCUGCAGGUGUCGUGUGGAAAAGCGCAGACUCAAACGUCCAAGGAAAACGAAUGCAAAAACAAGAGCCGCUUGCUAUACUAUGUCAACCUGCUAAUGGUGGACCACCGCUCCCUGCUCAGGCAGGGCGAGUUCAUCUUGCACAUGUGGAAGAUGCCUGAGAAGAGUGAAGACAACAGCAGCGUUAACGCAGACAAACUCACGUCCGCAACCAACCCGGACAAGAACAGCUCCAUGGCUGUUGCCAUUCUCCUGGACCAGUACUGCUACCCUGUGGCUCUUCCCAAAAGCAAGGAUUCUCCGGACUCGGAAAUGGAAGGGGAGCGAGGGCAAAGAGAGAUGCCCAACCAUAUGCGUAAACAGUUUGAGCAGAUAAUUGCUACCGACCCUUUGCAUCCGCUCAGCUCCGAAGAUAAAGAAUUGCUUUGGCACUUCCGGCAAGAGUGCAUGAAGGAUCCCAAAGCCUAUCCGAAGUUUCUUUCCUCAGUUAAGUGGGGCAAACAAGAGGCUGUAACGAUAACGCACCGUCUUCUUGAAAGGAGCACCGUUUGGGACCGAAGCUCGCUAGAUGUUGGUUUGGCUUUACAGUUAAUGGACUGCCACUUCUCUGAUGAAAAUGUGCGCACUAUGGCCGUCCGGAAGUUGGAGACUCUGGCAGGUGACGAUGUCCUGCGGUACCUCCUGCAGCUUGUUCAGGCUGUAAAAUUUGAACCGUACCAUGACAGCGCACUCGCCAGGUUUCUUCUCAAACGUGCGCUCAGAAGCAAGCGGAUCGGCCAUUUCUUGUUCUGGUUCCUGCGUAGCGAAAUCGCUCAAUCCAUGCACUAUCAGCAGAGGUAUGCCGUAAUACUUGAAGCUUACCUCCGUGGCUGUGGUGAAGCCAUGCUGCAGGACUUCAGGAAGCAGGUGGAGAUGACAGAGGCCUUGCACAAAGUCACUCGUGAGAUUAAGCAAAUGUCUGCUGAAAAGUAUGACGUGUCAGCACAAGUUGUUUUUCAGCUGCGUCAGAAACUGGAAGGUCUGCAGACUUCAGGGUUGCCAGACAGCUUUAAAGUGCCUUAUGACCCAGGCCUACGGGCAGGGGCGCUUGUGAUUGAACAAUGCAAAGUGAUGGCAUCCAAGAAGAAACCCUUGUGGCUGCAGUUCAAACGAGCCGACCCCACCACCUUGUCGAGUGACACAAUUGGGAUCAUCUUUAAAGACGGGGAUGACCUUCGUCAGGACAUGCUGAUAUUACAAAUUUUACUGAUAAUGGAGUCUAUCUGGGAACUGGAGUCUUUGGAUCUUUCCUUGUUACCAUAUGGAUGUAUUUCCACUGGAAAUAAAAUUGGAAUGAUUGAAAUAGUGAAGGAUGCCACUACUAUUGCUAACAUUCAGCAAAGUACUGUCGGGAACACCGGAGCUUUUAAAGAUGAGAUCCUCAGCCAGUGGCUUCGUGAAAAGUGUGUGAAUGAGGAUAAGCACCAGCAGGCUGUUGAACGCUUUGUGUUCUCCUGUGGAGGGUAUUGCGUGGCAACUUAUGUCCUGGGCAUCGGUGAUCGUCACAAUGACAACAUAAUGAUUACAGAGACGGGUAACCUAUUCCACAUUGAUUUCGGUCACAUACUUGGAAACUACAAGAGUUUCAUGGGGAUCAGCAAGGAGCGAGUUCCUUUUGUGCUGACUCCUGAUUUUCUCUAUGUGAUGAGCACAACGGGCAAAAAAAGCAGCCCUCAUUUCCUCCAGUUUCAGAGCGUUUGCCUGAAGGCCUACCUGGCUCUGAGACACCACACCAACCUGCUGAUCAUCCUGUUCUCCAUGAUGCUGAUGACCGGCAUGCCUCAGCUGACCAGCAAGGAGGACAUCGAGUACAUACGGGAAGCUCUGACGGUUGGACGCUCGGAGGAUGAGGCCAAACAACACUUCUUGGACCAAAUCGAGAUCUGCCGGGACAAGGGUUGGACGGUGCAGUUCAACUGGUUCCUACACUUGGUGCUAGGCAUUAAACAGGGUGUGGAGAAACGAUCAGCUUGAAGUCAAACAUUACAUUUCCUCAAUGAAGUACAUUAGUGUUUUCAUUUUAAAAAAGUGACACUUUUUCAAGUGUUCAGUUGCUGUAUUUUUAGAAUUUAACCAAAAAGCUUUUUAUAGACCUAAAUUAUAUUAUUUAAUGCACGUACAUCAUGCAUUGUGUUGUUUUUAAUACUUGCAGUCUUGUUAUCUUGCACUGUAAUAAAAUACAUUUGUACAUGUUUUAAGAAUUGGGUCAUUUUAAAUGCCCAUAAUAAAGCUACAAAUAGCAAAAGUCAGGAGAAGAGCUGGUAUUCGGUUAGUUUUGCAUAGAUUAUCUGCGUACGUUUCAAAAUGGAGCACCAAGUAAUUUUAUUUCUGUCUCUGAUAUGACUUGGACCUAUUAGCAUGGAUGCUGCAUCAUGCAAAAGUUUUUAUUUACAGAUGUCAUGGGUGAAAUGCCCUGUUUAUGCCCUAUGCAUUUAUUUGUCACCCUUUAUUAAUUUAUUCUGUAAUUGCAAGUGUCUAAUAAUGAUAAUAAGGUGAGUUUCUAAGAUAAAAGGCAGAGUAUGUAUCUGGUCAUGCGAUGUAAACAUGGGGACCACCGGGUUGUACAAUGAAACCCCCUUUUCUAGAUUUUUUUUUUUUAAGAAAUAUUAUUAAAAAUAAUGGAAACGAUAUUAGUUACAAUAAUUAUUAACUGUAAUCUUUAUUUUUAUAUUUAAUCAGGUAGAGCAAUUAUUUUAUAUAUAGAUUACCAAUGUCCCACGUCAACAUGAAAUGAUUU